AUGGUGUCGAUAGAAAGUCUCUUGCCGGAGGUGACCACAUUAUUUAGCCACCAGUUGACGUUGAAAGCAGCGGAUGAAUUGUUUUUUGGUGAUAAAAUGCUCUACCACUAUCACUCAAACGAUGGAUCAAAAAAGGGGAUACCUGAUGGUGGCGAGCAGGAGCGUCGCAAAGGUAAAAACAAGGAUCAGAAAAACAGAAGUUAUGGUGACAUUGUGCAUGAAACUUCUAUUGGGAUGGAUGGUUUACAUAAUGCUAUUGCUAAUGCAAGAAAGACAUUGAAGCAAGCCUUGGGAGACAAUAAUGUUGUAGAAGAUGCAACAAGUGGUGCUCUAACAAAAUUGACUGGAGAAGUUGCGGCAUUAAAAAAAAUAAGUGAUGAAAUGCGAAAUGAAAUUGAAAAAUUGCGUGAAGACUUCCAAAAGAUACUGAAUUACGUCCAUCAGACAGUUAGUAAAGCUCAGUAUCAUUUGCAGUUAAGACCUUGCAUGUCCUCUUCACUGAAAAGAGUUGGAAGUAGGACACUUAUUCUUGGCGAUGGCAAUCUUUCGUUCAGUCUUGCAUUUGCUCGUUUACAUCCUGAGACCGAAAUAUAUGCAAGUGUUUUUGAGAGUUACUCUGAGUAUAUUACGAAAUAUCCUUCCGGUAAAAAGAAUAUUAUCGAACUUCGAACUAAUCAUCCUUAUGUCUACAUAUUAUUUUCGAUCGAUGUCUGCUCACUUCCAAAAGAUUGGACAGGGUUUUACGAUGAUAUUAUAUGGAAUUUUCCUCAUCACUGUGGAAAAACAAAUCUUCGUAAAAGUCGUCAGCUCAUACGAAAAGCAUUUGCAAGUGUUGGGCGAUUAUUAUUAUCGGGUCGUUUCCACAUUACUCUUGCUAAAGGACAAAGCGGAUUAGAUCAUUUAUCUAUACUGUUUAAACGAUGCUUCAAAUAUCAGCGAUUGCCAGAACAUAGAUCGGAUAGUUGGAACGGUACUGACAUUCCUUUACCUGUUUUGACAAAACAAUCAUCGUCGAAAGUUGAGAAACCAUUAGAAGCAUCGAACGAGGAUGAUUUUGAUUUAUUUGGAUCAUCGGAUGAAGAGGAAGAUGCGGAAAAGGAACGUAUCAAACAGGAGAGACUGAAGGCUUAUGCUGAGAAAAAAGCAAAAAAACCAGAAUGUAUUGCCAAGUCUUCUAUUAUUUUGGAUGUUAAGCCUUGGGACGAUACUACAGAUAUGCAAGAAAUGGAGAAACUUGUGAGGAACAUUGAAAAAGAUGGCCUCGUCUGGGGUGGUGCAAAAUUGAUCCCGCUUGCCUACGGUAUUAAAGUGCUGCAAAUUAUAUGCAUUGUGGAAGAUGCGAAAGUUUCUGUGGAUGAUCUUAUAGAUCAGAUAACCGAAGAAGUGUCAGACCAUGUACAUUUUUACUAG